GAGGGGGUUGACCGUUGGAUGGGGAGGGCGGACGACUGCCCCUCAACAGGCAUAAAAAAACGACCAUGUGUAGAAAAGGUGUAGAUAAAAGGCACGCGGAGAGCCCACGGCGAGGGUGAAUCUAUUUCGUCAGUCUCAACAGUUGGCUUUCGGAGCGAAUGGACAAGAGCGGGAGCAGCACAGCCCGACCACCACCGAAGGAGCAGUUCAGCCUGUUUUCACUGUCAGAUAGCAGCAGGCAUCAGCAGACGUAACUACCAUGCCGACAAGUGAUGGUCCGAGCCGCUUCCCGGUCUUUGCGGCCCCCCCCAAAGGCAACCACCAGCGCUCCCCAGGCUACGUCCCUGGGCGGGUGGCUCCGGUCCGCUCACCCCCGCCGGCCAAAGCGCCACCGCCACCACCAGUCAAACCUCAUGGCCUGCCUUCGCAGCGACAAGCCACUUUCAGCUUGUCAGAGGAGAACCAGCGUCGGGAGCGCGCGCAUAGCCUCCGGCUGAGAAAGAACACUAUCAUCUGCUUCGGGGUGUCCAUUGGGGCGUUCUUCCUCAGCCUCAUACUUGUACUUAGUCUCACUAGUGGUGACAUUUUAGACGAGAACUGUCCCGAUCACAACCCCUCCCUGAGUAACUGGAACCCAGGCCACCAGCCGGAGAAGGCCAUGGUUGUCAGGAGGGGAGAUUUUUUUCGAUUGGACUCUUCGGCUACUUUCCGCUCACUUGCCAUCCAAUCAGGAGGUCGUGUAGUCUUUGCAGACAACACUGACGGCUCUAAGAACAUAUCCUUAAGAACACGACAUAUCCUCAUUGAAAAUGGCGGUGGCCUUCACAUUGGCGGGUCCAAAUGUCGCUACCGUUCCCACGCUGCCAUCGCCCUCACGGGGCGCUCUGACAGCAAAGACAGCAAUGUACCCGGUCUUGGCGGGAAGUUUAUCGGUGUCAUGAGUGGUGGAACUCUGGAGCUCCAUGGCACAGAGAGAGUCUCCUGGUCUCUGUUAACCAAAAGCGUGCCUGCCUCUGGCCUAACCACGGGAGGCGAUGCCUUCCAGCGCAACUUCAGCAGAGGCAUCAACCUGCGCGUGGUGGAUCAGGACACAGCAGACAUCCUACUCAGGGAACGUUACGACACCCACGAAUCCCGCAAUGACAGUCGCAGGCUCACCCAGCUGCUCCGGUCCCUGCCGGCGGGUCGCAUAGUCACACUCGCCGUCGGAGACUCUGCCGUCAAAAGUCUUCUGGACGAAACCAAGAAGGCCCUUGAAGAGACGCUUGGCAGCAGUCAUGUCUACAAUCUCAAGUACAGGCAGGCAUGGGCUUUGGUCUCCGUGGUGGGCGGCGGUAACACGUCAUGCUCGGAGGACGUCAGGGAACAUGAGAACCACGACACUGGAGGGAGAGCUCUGGCGAGACGAAAUUUCACCACCGUCAAUGGUGUGCACUUCUCGGUCACCGCCUACAGCGAGUGGAAGAAUGGUUUCCCCAUCUCAGGAUUCCAGGUGGAUGCGGUGGACCAGGUGGUGCUGAAUCUCCAGGAUGAAGUGCAGCAGACCUGGCACCCUGGCAAUCAAAUUGUUGUUGCUAGUACAGAUUAUUCCAUGCAUCAAGCUGAAGAGUUUACCCUUCUACCCUGCCCUCAUUGUACCACUAGACAGGUCCGAAUACAAGGAAAGCCUCUUUAUAACCAUGUUGGUGAGAUCAUUGAUGGAGUGGACAUGCGUGCUGAGGUAGCGCUGCUCUCCAGGAACAUUCUCAUCUACGGAGAAAUGGAAAACUCUUGCUACGGAAACAACUUGUGUCAGUUCUACAGCCACGACACCUAUGGAGGCCACAUCAAGAUUAUUGGAAACUUCUCCUCGGUGCAUCUGUCCUACGUAGAGCUGAAGAACAUGGGCCAGCAGAGAGAGAAGAGUCGCUACCCGAUCCACUUCCACAUGUGUGGUGACGUGGACCAGAAGGGAGGCUACUGGGAGCCCACUUAUGUGGACGGGCUCUCCAUCCACCACUCUUUCUCUCGGUGUGUCACCAUCCAUGCCACCAAUGGCUUGCUGGUUAAGAACACAGUGGGCUAUGACACUCUGGGUCACUGCUUCUUCCUGGAGGAUGGCAUCGAGCAGCGGAACACUUUCUACCGCAACCUGGGCCUGCUGACUCGACCCGGUACUCUGCUGCCCACUGACCGCAAUGACACCCUCUGCCUCAGCAUUAAGGACAAAGUCUACAAGGGCUACACUCCCUCCCCCAGCACAGAGUGCAAGGCGGUUUCAACCUUCUGGAUCGCUAACCCCAACAACAAUCUUAUCAGCAAUGCCGCUGCUGGUUCUCAGGAUGCUGGCAUAUGGUUUGUGUUCCACAGCUCCUCGACAGGAGACUCUCACGGCUUGGUACCAGAGACGAAAGCGGAACUCACCCCUCUGGGGAUUUUCUACAACAACCGAGUUCACUCCAACUUCAAGGCUGGGCUGUUCAUUGAUAAAGGAGUAAAAACCUCCAAUGCAAGUGCUGCAGACCCUAGAGAAUACCUGUGUCUGGACAAUAAUGCCAGAUUCCGACCUCACCAGAAUGCAGAUGCGAGCCGACCUCGAGUGGCGGCGGUCAUUGACACCCUGGUCUCAUUCAAGAACAACGACAUGGGGGCGUGGAUACGAGGUGGUGACAUCGUCAUCCAGAAUUCUGGCUUUGCAGACAAUGGAGUGGGAUUAUCCUUUGCCAGUGACGGCAGCUACCCAAAGGACGAGGGCUCCAGUCAGGAGGUGACACAGUCUCUGUUUGUGGGAGAAAGUCGAAACCGGGGCACCAAUGGAGGACAGAAUAAAUACUGGGGAUUAGGAGGGACCGAUGGGAAGAUGAGAACUCUCCCGAGAAACAGGACAUUCCCAAUCCGGGGCUUCCAGAUCUACGACGGCCCGCUGCGGCUGACCCGCAGCACCUUCCGUGGUUUUAUCCCCACGCCAGAGCGUUACACCAGUGCAGUGGGGUUCAGCCUGAAAAACACCUGGCAGCUCACACCGCGAAACAACAUGUCCCACCUCCACUUCCACUCCACUGUGGGUCUGCGGUCGUUCUUUGGUCGUCCCGGGCAGUGGUUUGAGGAGAACGACCUAGAUGGAGACAAGAACUCAAUCUUCCAUGAUGUGGACGGUUCAGUGACAGGUUCCAAGGACACUUAUGUGGGCAGGGCUGACAAUUUUCUAAUCCAACAUCCUAGCUGUGUUAACAAGCCACUGUGGAAUGGAGUGAUUUGUAGUGGCCGCUACUCACAGGUGUACAUCCAAACACAAGGUGCUCCCAGUCUCACUCUGUCCAUCAACAGAGACGAGUACCCCGCUGCGCCUCUCGUUCUGAGGGGCAUUAACAGCCAGGGGGCGCCGUCGCAGCAGUAUCAGCCUGUGUUGAUGAUGAGCAAGAGCUACACUCUGCACUGGAGCGGACCCGCGCCCAGAGAAGUUGUCCUCUCCCUCAUUAACUUUGACAAAGACGACUGGGUGCUAUUUGGACUGUGCUACCCACCAGACGCCACCUUCCUGAUCAUGGCCGACAUCAACGACAGGCAGAGCAACACUUUUGAUGACAUUACCGACUACGGGCCUGUGUUCUCUCUUGCUGACUUGGAGUCGAGACCAUUAUAUAGGAAGUACUACUUUGACCAAAAUGUCGGCUUGCUGUGGCUGUACCUGCGAGCCCGCCACGACCGUGACGGUCACAGCUACUGCUCGGUCAAAGGCUGCGAGAGAGUCAAAGUGACGGCCACUACGUCCUCCCAGCAGACGUGCAACUGCACCAGCAAGGCCUACCCCAAGUACGCCAAAACACCCUUGGCUGUCCUGCCUAUGCCGGCCCCAGAUACACAACCGUGCAAAGACUGUGGAGCCAAACAGCGUGUGUUUACCAGCGAGCCGUGGAUGUCCUACCUCCAGACACAAGUCAAGUCUCUAAGUGUGAAGGAGCAGCAAAGAGGAGACAACCUGUCCUUUAUCGCUGUAAAUGACGAGAUGAUGGCCUUCACUCAGCCCGGCUAUCUUGUGGUCUCCGUGGACGCCUGUUCUGGCAAAGUCACAAAGAAGGUCUCAUUUGCCAAGAUGGACGCCAAGAUGAAGCAGCACCUAAUGACCGGAAUACCAAAAAGGUCCAUUGUGCUGAUGGCAACACGAGGUCAGCCAGAGGGUCUGCCUGAUGUAGCUCCAUAUCUCAUUCCCUUCGGCUUGGCCAAGGCGGCGGAUUUGCACAACAAAGAGAGUGUGGCACUGUGGGCUUUCCAGGGCAGCACCUCCCCCCCUCCGUGGGUGAGUCUCCAGGCUGGCCAAAGGGACGACAUCCCUGGCCCGCAGGAGCGCUUCUUGCCGCUCGCUCUCAAAGCGUACGGCUGUCCGCCACCGGCGGUCCAGCAGACGCGUAGAGACCUGGAACUUCUCGACCAAGCCAUAGGACUCUAGUGAACCAAUGUGAACUAGACGAACACACACAACUGGCUGAUGAAUGUGAACUGCUGAACUUUAAUUUAUUAACAAUGGCAUAUAUGUUGUGUUCAGGAUGUUGUGUGUGUGUGUGUGUGUGCGCGUGUGUGCGUGUGUGUGUGUGUGUGUGUGUGUGUGUGUGUGUGUGUGCGUGUGUGUGCGUGUGUGUGUGUGUGUGUGUGCGUGUGUGUGUGAGUAUGGGCCGAUAAUUCAAAGCACUUUUAUUUAAAAACAUAACAAGCCAAAGUCACCAAAUGGACCUUUGUGAAAUAAGGCUGGAAAAAACAAAUGAGAAAAACAAACAAGCAAUUAUGUUCUUUUAUGGUUAAAUAAAUGAAAUGCUGAAUCUCAUCAGAGGGAAGGGCACGGUGCAUUGGUGACGAACACAAAAACAAUUGAAAACCUUUUGGACAGGGAGCAAGACUGGAACAAGGCGUACUUGCGUAUAAAUCAAUUCAAAACACCUUUGCGACCAAAAUGUGUAUUCAACAAUGCAGGACAGGGGUUAGGCGUGCCAAAACAACAAGCCAUAUUCACAUGCAUAGUUCAGCCAUUCUUGUGCAGCUAGUUUCAUCUGCUUUCGCCUUAUUUUAAUAUACAUUUUGGAUUUGUUUAACUGGAAAACCUCCUGACAUUACAGUGCAGCCGUAUGAGAAGAUAAGCACCUUUUGAGUGGUUGCCUAUAUGGAGGUGUUUAAAGUGCAGGACACAUGAGUGAGGGAUAUACAAAAUACAAUAAGCCUCAUUAAAUAUAUAGAGUGGAAUGUAAAGACAUUCCCAGGGCUAUACAGUAGUUUGUUAAAUAUAAUUUAGCAGCUGUGCUUUGUGUUGCGCGUGCCCGUUUGAGUGUGAGAGGCCUUUUGGAUGUGAGCAGGGCUCCCCCACUGCGCAUUGAUACGUGUCAAUGUGUGACUGACGAGAAGUGAAUGUGUGAAUAUAGAACUAUUUGUGGCCUUGUAACCACUGCUGUUUAAAAAGGGAAAAUCCAUGGAGAUAAAGUCAGUUGUUUUUAAAAAUUGUAAUUAUACUGGAUUGUCAUUCUGUAAAUGUACUCGGCGAACUGGUUGUCUAUAGUGUGUUUUUGUUUCAACAUGGAUACCUGGCAUUUGUUAUGUUACCGAAAUAAACACUUAUGCUUUGC